CAAACCUAUCUACCCCCUGGUGUGAGCCCGGCCAAAGCCAGGCAACCCUGGGGCUAGGGAUGAAGGGGGGCUGAGGCCUCUGUGUGGGGCCCGCUCCUGCCCAACCCCACCCCUCCGUGGCCCCUUCCUCAGUCCCACCUGCCCUGCAGGCCCCGCGUGGAGCUACGUGUGCCCAGCUGGGCGGGCGUGCAGGGAGGGGAGUGCAGCCACACCUGGGCCGGCCAUCAUUUCCCUGUGCAGCCGCCGCGCUGAUUCUCGGUCCGGGGCCCCGCGGUGCGCCCAGCCGGCCCCAGAGCGCUGGCGCUGGGAGCAUGUGCGCCGGCUGGAAGCGUGGGGCGGCGGCGGCCCCCAGGGUGGUGCCGGCGCCCUGCGCCUCGAAGGUGGAGCUGCAGCUCAGCCGCCAGCACCUGCUGGACCGUGACCCACUCACCAAGUCCAACCCCAGCGUGGUGCUGCUGCUGCAGGCCCAGAGCCAGUGGGUGCAGGUGGACAGAACCGAGGUGGUCCGGAGCAGCCUGCACCCCGUGUCCGCCAAGGCCUCGCUCCACUACUACUUUGAGGAGGCGCAGAGGCUGCGCUUUGAGGUCUGUGACACCCAUGGGCCCGGCAGCCUCAGCUGCCAAGCCAAUGACUUCCUGGGGGCCGUGGAGUGCACCUUGGGCCAAAUCGUGGCCCAGAAGAAGGUGACCCAGGCACGGCUGCUGAAGUUUGGCGGGAAUGCUGGCAAGUCCCCCAUCACAGUGACAGCCGAGGACGUCUCCGGGAAUAUUGGCUGUGUGGAGCUCUCCUUCCGGGGCAGGGAGCUGGACGACGAGGACCUCUUCAGCAAGUCGGACCCCUUCCUGGAGCUGUACCGGAUCAAUGACGACCAGAGCGAGCAGCUGGUGUGCAGGACAGAGGUGGUGAAGAACGACCAGCCCACCUGGCGGCCUUUCAAGGUGUCUCUGAGCAGCCUGGGCCGCGGUGACGAGUCUCAGCCUCUGGAGGGCUUCGUCUGGGGUUAUGACUCCCGCGGGAAGCACGACUGCUUCGGAGAGUUCUCCACUGCCUUCGAGGAGAUGCAGAAAGCCUUUGGGGAGAACCAGGCCCAGUGGGACUGUUUGAACCCCAAGUACAAGCAGAAGAGGCGCAGUUACAGGAACUCGGGCGUGGUCUUGCUGGCAGACCCGAAGCUUCACCCUCGGAACAGCUGCUCCCUUCGCUAUAGCAACUCCUUCCAGCCCAGCGAGUACCUGCAGGCCCUGGUGGCCGUGGGCGAGAUCUGCCAGGACUACGACAGCGACAAGAGGCUCUCUGCUUUGGGGUUUGGAGCCCAGAUCCCUCCCAAGGAUGAGGUGUCCCAUGACUGCAUCAAUUUCAGCCCGGAGGACGGUGAGUGUGAAGGCAUCCAGGGCAUGGUGGAGGCGUACCAGCACUGCCCGCCCGGGGUCCAGCUGUAUGGGCCCAACGUGGCUCCCAUCGUCUCCAAGGCGGCCUGCGUGGCUGCAGCUGAGGAAUGCACCGGAGAGGCUUCUGUAGGUGGUGGGCGGGCACUGCGGGGACCGGGUGCCUUAGAAGGUGUGCCUGCUGUUGGGGAAGUGCGACCGGAUGGGGGCUUGCAGAGGUUAACAGAGCAGCCCACGGGAGGCCCUGAGGCAGGGAGCGAGAGGCAGCUGGGUGACAGUGGGGCUGAGAGACCAGGAGGCCCCAGAGCCAUUGGGAGCAGGCUGACCGCCCCGGAGUCCUCCGGGUCCAUCUGCUCAUCUCCAGCCAGGACCCUGUGCACGGCCGCAGUUCGGCUCUCAGGCCCACAGCCGCCCGUCACCGGAGCCAUGCUCACCGCUGUUGCCCCUUCACCCCAUCCCACCUCGAUGCUGCGGUUCCUGAAUGGCACCCUGGCACAUGUACCAGUUUCGAGGGACAGAGCCGGUGGCAGACCUGGGGUCUGGGGGGAGCCGCAGCUGCCCCGAAGGGUCCACACGGCCCUCCCCUAUCCCCCGCGAUGCCACCUCCUGCUCAUCCUGAGCAACGAGGCGGCCGCGUGGGAGGCUGUUGUGCGCACCUCGCACCCGCCUGUGUCCCUCCACGCCAUGGGUGUGGGCGACGCGGAUGUCGCUGACAAGCAGGUCCUGGACGGCGACGACGGCGCCCUGCGCUCCCCGCUCCAAGACAUCGUGCCAUUGGUGCCCUUCCGGGGGCUCAAGAGCGUUUCCCCGACGGUGCUGGCCAAGAGCGUGCUGGCCGAGGUGCCCGGGCAGCUGGUUGAGUAUUGCAGCCCCAAGGAGCUGCCUCCAUGAGACCUCAGCGCCCACUGUGAGGCCAGGACUGUGUCCCCGUCUCUCUCCAGAGGCCUCCCUCCCCCAGCCCAGGCCCACCCCUGUCUCCUCUGACCCUGCAGCCCGGUGCUGAAGGCUGAGCCUCUGGGCUGGGUACGCCCAACCCUGCCCAGCCAGGCAGGCAUGAGCGGUCCUGGAAGAUGCCCGCUCUGCUCUGACCCUCCCGGGGGAAGAGGCAGCAGGCAGUGCGCUGUCUCUGAGAAGACCCAGCCUCCCAGACCCCUGGCCCUACGGCCAGAGCCAGAUUCCUCCUUGUCCCGGCUGCCCCCGCCGUCUGUCUGCUCUCUCUGUGUCUGUGGGUCUGUGAGGGGCGGGCAGCUUAGGAUAAUAACGGGCUUAUCCUGUUCUGGUGCUUUUCCUGCCCUCCCCAGCAGAGGCCUGCACCCCCUGGCGGCGGCGCUGCCCCUGUUCCCGCAGCCCCCCCACUGGAGCAGGAAGCCUCUGUCAGGCUCCCCAAGUCCUUCCUGCCUUGAGCCAAGGGCCAUCCGGGAAGAAAGGGGCCGGGAGGGUGGUGCUUGACCUCAGGAAGGUCAGCCGGUGCCUGGGCUGCCCUGCCCCACAGCCGCCCUCAGCCUCUGCAGAGCUGGGCCCAGGUCUGGGGUUGCCAUGCACUCGCUUUACCGGGAUUCACUGGUGCUUUGUGCUGUGCGCUCUGUCGGGGAGGCGGGGGACCACCGGCCAGAGCCUCCCCGCCCCACCCCCACCGUGAUUGCCCCUGAAUGACCCUGUCUGGGAAAAACGGUCCAGGGCCCCCUCCCCUCCCUCCGUACCCACACCCUUCCGACCACCCAUCCAUGCUGGGGCCUAUUUUUAGCUCCUGAUGCAUCUCCCAUUAAGCGGGGGAAAUGGGCGUCACCAUGGUAACCUUGCCGCCGCCAAAUCCAGAAGAGCUGAUGCUGGUCUCUGUGGGGACACAGGACAAUAGAGACGCAACCCCUCCAUCCACGUCUGGGAGCACAGCAGGGUCACAGGGUGGGGGGUGGCGUCGUGGGUCCCAGGGGGAAGGCUGGACAAGGCCGGACACUUGCUGGGUGUCCUCGGGGGGAAAGCCCGCAGGGUCUGGUCAGCUGAGCCUCUGGGGAGGCCGAAGGCCCAGAGCGGUCAGCCAAGAGGAGUGGGGGUCGGGGCAGGGCCCUGGGGCAGCUGCAGGGCCCAGGACAGGGCCUCAGAGGGAGGAGCCCCAGCCUCUUUCCUCUCCGUCAUCCAGUCACCUCUGCCAACAGGAGGUCGCGGGCAGCGGGCAUGCAGCCCUCAGAAGGUGCCCUCCUGGGCCCAGAGCCGGUGGGAUGGGAGAACCACAGGCAGCCAGCAGGCAGGCUGGGCAUAUGCAGCCCUGGGAGGUCCGUGACCCCCAUGCCUGGAGGUCGGUAACCUGCCUGGAGCUGAGUGAGAGGCCAAGUGUGGGGAGCUCCCCGGCAAGAAGGCUUCCCGGCCCUGCCGUUCCCGUGCCGGUGGCUCUGAUCCAGCCGAGCCCGGCUUCUGCUUCCCUGGCCGCCAACUGCUUUGAGCGCAGCAGCAGGCUGCACGGCUGGGCUGCGGACCCAGAGCCUGAAGGCGACGUCGCUGCUGUGUCCUGUCCUGCAGAAAAGACGCUGAGCCGUGGGUCCAGCAACGCAAGAUGUGCAGAGUCCACAGUCCUGGCAGAGCAGCCCUCUGGUCCACGUCACUCCUGGGACCUGUCAGAUGCCCAGUACAGGCCCCCAAAACACCGCACGAAAGGCCAGACGUCGGGAUGUUAGCUUCCACUAGAGGGCGCCCCAAACCCAGACUCCCAGAACCUGGUUCUGAGCUGGAAGGGUCUUGUGUAAGUUUGUGAUGUGAUGGUUUGAUAUAUGUGUAGAGGAGUUCCCAUCGUGGCUCAGUGGUUAAUGAAUCCAACUAGGAAC